CAGCGAAGGAGGAAGAAACUUGCAAGCCCAGUGCUCUCUGUGCCUCGGCCCCUUUCGGGAGGAGGAGAGGGGAAAGUGGCGAGGGGAUCCCUCCCCGUGGCCCUGGACGGACAAAACGUGGCGGAUUCCUUCUCGGGGACAAGAGAAGGUCCUGGAUUUCCUCUUUAUGAAUUAACAAGCUGCUCUGGGUACCGCAAAAAUGUCCUUGGUUGGCAUCCAGAUGAACUCAGAGGACUUUUUGCAAAAAGAGCAGCUGGAUGCCGGCGGAUUUGGCAUGGUUUCUUUAUGCUACCACAAGAGGCACGGGCUGGUGGUGUUAAAAACGGUGUACACGGGGCCUCAACGCACAGAAUGUAACACUUCCCUUCUAGAAGAAGGCAAGAUUAUGCACAAACUGAAUCAUGAUCGUGUGGUGAAGUUACUAGGCAUCAUUCUGGAAGAUGGUAACUACUCCCUUGUGAUGGAAUAUGUACGGAAAGGGAACCUGAUGUCCGUACUAAAGGCAACCCCAAUUCCUUUGUCCGUGAAAGGGCGCUUCAUCUUGGAGAUCAUUGAAGGAAUGCUUUAUUUAACCGAACAAGGCUUAGUACACAAAGACCUAAAACCAGAAAAUAUCCUCGUGGAUGAAAACUUUCACAUCAAGAUAGCAGACCUGGGUGUGGCCUGCUUCAAAACCUGGAGCAGGCUGACUAAAGAGGAGACCAGCCGGCAGAGGAAAAUCAAAUGCAGCUCUAAGAACAACGCCGGCACCCUUUUCUACAUGGCCCCAGAACACUUGCAGGACAUCAACACUACACCUGUGGAAAAAUCUGACGUUUACAGCUUUGGCAUAGUGUUAUGGGCCAUUUUUGCCGACAAGGAGCCUUAUGAGAAUGCUGUAAACGACAUGCACGUGUGCUUCUGUAUCAUGAACGGGGUCAGGCCAUGUAUAGAAGAAAUGGAAAAGAUUUGCCCAAAGGAGAUUAAGGCUUUAAUGGAACGUUCCUGGAAACAAAACCCAGAGGACCGGCCGACCUUUGCAGAAAUCAGUUUGACAUACAAGCCAUUUUACCAACAGAACUUUGAAAAGCUUGUUGAAGAUGAUGUGAGAAGGAUAAAAGAAGUGUACCCAGAACCAAAUGAUCUUGUGAAAAGGAUGCAGUCCCUUGAAGUAGAUGCGGUAGCAGAACCACCAAAUAGCGCCCGAACAGAUCUGCCCGGUUCCCUACACAGUUCUCAGGGUCUUGCAGCCAACGUCAUAGACGAAGUCCUGUUUGAGGCUUGUCCUGUGAAUGAACCUGAGGAGAGCUGCGAAAAUGCGUUCGACCCACCGGUGAGCUUAGAGAGGAAACUGCAGGAUGAGCUGAACUACCACAAGCACGGCAGCCGGAUGGACAGGGCGGAAAGCUAUCUGGGGGCGUACAGUGCUGUAAUGCGGGAGGAAGAGCGGAGGAGAAAGGUGUCCCAUGAUCCAUUUGCAAAGGUGCCUGCUGCCCCCCGGGUACAGGAGUCAUACCUGACAGCUGAAAAUACUGGAUCAAGUGCCAGUCAUAGCAACAUUGGUGCAGCCCGUUACAAUCAUUUAUCACCCCCUGGAGCAACUCCGGAAAGGGGAAAUAUACUAUUGGAUCCAAAUGGGUUUUACGGGCUAGGAAAUUCUGCAAAUCCCAGAACCUCACUAAGUGCGGAAGAUCUCUAUGGAUCCCAUUCAACAAGCCUCUUUAAUUUAAGUAAACCACCUGUGCCUGAAUCUGGUAUGGAUCGUCCACUGAAGCCAAACAAUCCUUACCUUUUCACAAAAAGUGCAAGCAUAGAAACUGGUCUAAUGGAAUCGACCCCUUUUAUGAAGACGAAUUUUGCACAUCCUUCUGUAUACAGAAAGAGUAUAGAAGAUCCUGCACAAUACAUCAUUAAUAAUAGCAGAGGAAUUCAAAUAGGUUCCAACAACUACAUGAAAAUAAAAGAACCGAUUCUCAAUAUACCCAAUACUCCAGCAAAUGCUCCCUAUAAUCCUGCACACCAGAAGCUCUUUGAGAGCACUGCUCUUGUUUCUGACAUACACCUGACCCUCGUGCGUGACAACUUGGCGAAACGCUGGAAACAUUGUGCGCGUAUACUGGGCUUCAGUGACCCAGAGCUGGAUGAAAUUGACCACGACUACGAACGAGAUGGACUAAAAGAAAAAGUUUACCAAAUGUUUCAGAGGUGGCUGAUGAAGGAAGGCAGCAAAGGGGCUACUGUGGGAAAGCUGGCCAUAGCCCUCUAUUCUUGCAGAAGGAUAGACCUCCUUAACAGCUUUGUGAAAAUAGCUCAGGAAUCUGAAGUGAAUAACAAUUGAGAAAUAAAACAGCGAGAGAAUUCUGCUCUUCUGCAAAGAGUUUUCCACAGGGAAUAUGUGGACAUUUUGCUUUACAAUAUAUUGAUAAUCAUUGCAAACAUCUUGAUGCUGCCAGUGUCAUGCAAGAAUAAUGAAGGUAUAAGAAGGUAAGGGAGGGGGUUGAUCAUCUCAUUUGAGAUUUCAUAGCAGCCAUGUUCUCUAGAACACUGCCAAGAAAAUUAUAAUAUGAAAUAUAUGUCUUUUUAGAAAAUGUCAAAUUAUUAAUGCAUUUUAUAAUUUUAAUAAAAACAUUAAUAUAAA